AUGUCUUUCUCUCACACUGGCGAUGUUCCGCCACCUCCGCCCCGGCCGCUUGUCGAAAAGGCCCGAACUCCGGCUCCGGCCCCACCGCCGCCAACCGUGCCCCCGACAGGAUCCCCUGGAGCUUUCUUGGUCGAAUUACUGAUCUUCAAUGGCUCGCCAUUCAAAGAUCACUGGGCAUACUUUGUACGCUCUCGCGCCGAUGAUGAUAUCGGUGUCAAGAUCCACGCGACCGGUGAUGUGCGUAAUGGCUUCAAAUUCGAGGUCAAACGCAGUCAUGACCUCACAAACACCUCAGAUAUCCCUACAAAAAGAGUUUCGCUGCAGUGGGUUGAUGCUCAGCACUUUAAAGCAGACGCGAUGCUCAACUGGGGAGUGGAAGAGAUUGAUGAGAGGCCUGUCUGCGGUUUUGAGGCUAGUGCGUACAAAGCGAAGGCCCCUGGGAAGACUUUGAAUGCAGUUGAAGAUAAGGAUCAAUCCGUUGCUGUACAAGAUAUCCCGGCUCCGGAACCUGGACCAAGAGAAAUUCUCGUCCGCGUCAGAGCAGUUGCGCUCAAUCAUGUGGACGCGCUCUAUACAAACAAGCCAAUUGCGGCACAAGAGUACCGUGUAGUCGGUAGUGACUUCGCUGGGGAGGUCGCCAGUGUUGGCACAGACAUCCAGAACAUCGAUGAUCCCCGUGUCAAGAUUGGAACACAUGUAGCUGGCUUCGUUCAAGGCGGCCAGUUGAACAACCCAGGACCUUUUGCCGAGUACGUCGUCAUUGACUAUGACCUCACAUGGAAUAUUCCCAUCGAGAUGUCGUUCCAAGAAGCUGCUACUGUCAGCUUGUGUGGACUUACAGCCGCGCAAGGUGUCUUCAGCCGACUCGAGCUCCCGGGGCCAUUCACCCAACCCCGAAGUUUCGACCACCUCAGACUCGCCAACGAAGAGCCCGUAAAUGUCUUCAUCUACGGGGCAACAACAUCCUUAGGUCUCUUUGCCGCACAGCUUGUGCGCCUGGCUGAGAAAACUUUCGGCACUCAGAUCCGUCUCAUCGGUGCCGCCAGCAGUGCAAAACACGGCAUGCUGCGCCAAGCCCCUUAUUUGUACGACGAGCUAGUUGACUACAGAGACGCUGACUGGCAAGAAUCGGUACGCAAAGUCUGCGGCAUAAGUGGCGGAGUCCAUUACGGCAUAGACGCGGUCUCGCAGUCUCCGUCCGUCGAACGUGUGCAUGAUACGUUGGUCAACGAGGGAAAGCUGGCGGUGUUCCGAGCACCGGCCCUCGCAGGGUUUGAUCCAUCGAAGCUCAGUAUCAAGCCGGUGACAGGUGCAGUCUGGGAGGGUCUUGGCGUAGAGAUCCAGUACCAAGGCAUCACAUUCCCAGCCAACCUCGAAGCCCGUGAGUUUGCAACACAGUUCUAUAACUAUCUCGGAUCGGAAGCGUCGUUGGGAAAGGUCAAGUUGCAGGCAAACCCGGUUCGCAUGAUGCGAGGAGGACUAGAGAACAUCGCAUCGGAAGGCAUCCCGCUCUUUGGUCCGAAGCAGGUCAAUGAGCCGCCGAAGGAUCACAUGCGUCCUGUUAGUGGAGAGAAGGUUGUCUAUACCGUUUCUUAG